AUGCCCACCGGAGGAUGCCUUUGCGGCCAACUCAAAUAUGAGUACACGGGUGAGCCCGUCAUGAAGGCGAUAUGCCAUUGCAUUACUUGUCGACACGUCAGUGGCAGUGUGUUCACGACCAACAUAGUUGUCCCAGAAGGCAAUUUCAAGAUUACUGCCGGAACACCCAAGACAUACGCAACAACUCAGGAUAGCGGAAUGACACUGAAAUAUUCAUUCUGUGCUAGUUGUGGCUCUGUCAUCAACAAGGUCGCAGAUGGCGAGGGUUUUCGUGGUGUGAUUCUUGUUUUGGCUGGUUCUCUUGACGAUGCAUCGGGUGUUGAGACCGCAGAGCCAGGGGUGGAGUUUUAUAUCAGCAGACGGGCCUCGUGGCUUCCAGCACUGAAGGGCAAAGGGCAGUUACAAGAAUUCUCUUGA